AUUUGAAUAAGGUCCCUUUCUGCUCCUGACUCCCACAGGGAAGGCAAGCAGUCCAAAAACACAACUGAAUUUGAAAAUUUCCCAAAUGACAAAUUAACUCAAAUCACAAGGACAUUGGUAAAUCAACUACAACAAGAAGGGAUAUUUCAACAUAGGUGAAACAUGUCUUUAAAUUUGCUUCUGCUAUGUGCAGGCCUCAGUGUCAUUACCGGCACACCAGUGUUUUUUGGAGACAUGUCUGAUGAGGACAGCACCAUUAGUGUAAGCAUCCCUGUGGAACAGCCCCUUCGGCCCCAUCUGGGGGGGAGUAUGGUUAUCCCCUGCUACUUCCAAGACAAUACUGUCCAUGACCCUGGAGCCCCAACCAUUGCCCCACUGUCCCACCGUAUCAAGUGGAGCUACAUAUACAAGGGCAAGAUAACCCUUAUUCUGGUUGCCACCGGAGGCAGGGUAAAGGUUGAAACAGAUUACGUGGACCGGGUCCAUAUGGUAAAUUACCCCACGGUGCCAUCCGAUGCCACCAUUGGGAUCUCAGUACUCCGUUCCAAUGACUCUGGCAUCUACAGGUGUGAGAUCAUGCAAGGCAUUGAAGAUAACUAUGACUCAGUGGAAAUGCAAGUUCAAGGUAUUGUGUUCCACUACCGAGCCAUUUCUACCCGAUAUACCUUGACAUUCGAGGGAGCAAAGGCAGCCUGCAUCCAAAACAGUGCUGUUAUUGCAACUCCUGAUCAGCUACAAGCGGCCUAUGAUGAUGGAUUUCAUCAAUGCGAUGCUGGUUGGCUCUCAGAUCAAACUGUGAGGUAUCCCAUUCAUGAACCAAGAGAGCCUUGUUAUGGUGACAAGGAAAACUUUCCAGGUAUACGAACAUAUGGAGUCCGAGAUGUCAACGAGACCUAUGAUGUCUACUGUUUUGCAGAGAAAAUGUCAGGCAGAGUGUUUUACUCCUUCUCUGUGGACAAGUUUACAUUUCCAGAAGCUAAAGAUCAGUGUGCAAAGCUGGGAGCCCAACUGGCCACCACAGGUCAAUUGUACCUGGCAUGGAUGACUGGCAUGGAUGUGUGUAACGCUGGCUGGCUAGCAGACAGGAGCGUGCGGUACCCUAUUAACAUACGUCGACCCCAAUGCGGUGGAGGCCUUUUGGGAGUACGAACUGUUUACCUGUUUCCAAAUCAGACUGGCUACCCGCUACCAGACUCUCGCUAUGAUGCAAUCUGUUACCAAGAGCAAGAAGAGAAGGUUCCAACAAAGACCACACUAUUCCCUGAAACAAUUACUACUACUACUGAAUCCACGUUCAGUGUGGCUACAGUCACUUUAAGCCCCACAGUGUACACUGAACAGGUGACCACACAGGGUGAGGUCCGUGGAGAGGUAGUGACCGAAGAGAUGAUCAAUAUUACUGGUACAGAAGAAACCCUAUCGCAACCUCCCAAUGUUACUGAGACAAGCUCAGUGGUGGAAGAGGAAGUGAUCAAAGUAGCCACUGCUAAUCCUAACCUGGGAUUUGAGUUAACCAAAGACAAUGUGACCUCUGGAAAUCUGUCUGACACAUUUGAGGAUGAUAUGGUGAAUGCUACAGAGACAGAUCUGAAAACUAACAUGACAGAAACAGAGCUGCCAGAUCCUGCUCAUCCCCUUGUCCCUCCCAUUUCUGUGAACAUAUCUGAAUCAGGCUCUGCAUCAGGUCAUCCUGACCACAGUUCUGGGGAUAUAUCUGGAUCAGGCUCCGCAUCUGGUCAUCCUGACCACAGUUCAGGGGAUAUUUCUGGAUCAGGCUCCGCAUCAGGUCAUUCUGACCACAGUUCUGGGGACAUAUCUGGAUCAGGCUCCGCAUCAGGUCAUUCUGACCACAGUUCUGGGGACAUAUCUGGAUCAGGCUCUGCAUCUGGUCAUCCUGACCACAGUUCUGGGGACAUAUCUGGAUCAGGUUCCGCAUCAGGUCAUUCUGACCACAGUACUGGGGACAUAUCUGGAUCAGGCUCAGCAUCUGGUCAUUCUGACCACAGUUCUGGGGACAUAUCUGGAUCAGGCUCCGCAUCUGUUCAUCCUGACCACAGUUCUGGGGACAUAUCUGGAUCAGGCUCUGCAUCUGGUCAUCCUGACCACAGUUCUGGUGACAUAUCUGGAUCAGGCUCAGCAUCUGGUCAUUCUGACCACAGUUCUGGGGACAUAUCUGGAUCAGGCUCCGCAUCUGUUCAUCCUGACCACAGUUCUGGGGACAUAUCUGGAUCAGGCUCCGCAUCUGGUCAUCCUGACCACAGUUCUGGUGACAUGUCUGGAUCAGGUUUGGCAUCAGGUCAUCCUGAUCACAGUUCUGGGGACAUAUCUGGAUCAGACUCAGGAUCGGGUCAUCUUGAUCUCAGUUCAGGGGACAUUUCUGGAGUGGGCUCUACAUCAGGUCAUCGUGAUCUCAGCUCUGGGGACAUUUCUGGAUCAGGGUCAGCAUUGGGUUAUCAUCUUGAUCUCAGUUCUGGAUACAUAUCUGGAUUAAGCUCAGGAUCAGGCUCUCGUGAUUUUAGUUCUGGGGACAUAUCUGGUUUAGGCUAUCCUCAUUUAAGUUCUGAAUGUAUGUCUGGAAGUGGGGAAAGAUCUGGUUCUGGCCAAAGUGGCCACGAAUCAGGUUUUCCUGUGAGGUUUCUUGAGGGUGCAGACACACUCAUUUUGGCGACCUCUGCUUCAGGCCUUCCUCAGGAGACAAGAGAAGGUAGUGGUGGUUACAUUAAUUUAGGCCAAGAAUCUGGAGACAGAGAAUCUGGUGAAGAAUCUGGACUCUAUAAAGAAGGAAGUUGGGCUAGUGGCCUUCCAUCGGGACUCGGUAGUGGAAUUAGUGGUUUCGGAGCAAGUGGUCUUUCAUCUGGACUCAGCAGUGAAGUUAUUGGUUCAGGAGCAAGUGGCCUUCCAUCAGGACUUGGCAGGGAAUUUAGCGGUUCAGGAGCUAGUGACAUUGCAUUGGGAUUUGGAAGUGAAGUUAGCGGUUCAGGAGCCAGUGGCCUUUCAUCUGGAUUCGACAGGGAAAUUAGUGGUUCAGGAACUAGUGGCUUUCCAUCAGGUUCCGGCAGUGAAGUUAGCGGUUUAGAAGCUAGUGGCCUUCCAUUAGUAUUCCGAAGUGGAGCUAUCAGUUCCGGAUCAAGCGGCAUGUACAGUGGUGCUGACAUUAGUGGUUCAGGCUUAUUCAGUGUGUCAUUCUUGAACACAGAAAUGACUGAUCUAACUGCAAUACCAUCUGGAGAACAGGAAUUGUCUGGUGUUUCUCCAUUUAGCUUAAAAGAUGUUAGUGGUUCUGGCUCUGCCUCUUCAGCAUCUGGUUUUCCCAGUCACCCAUCAGGUGAUAUAUCUGGCCACCCUGAGAGAUUAAAUCGUAAGAUUGUGAUGCUAACAGAUGAUGAAAUCAUUGAGUUUGUCUCUGGAUCUACAACUAGAACGGAACAGGGUCGUGGAUCUGUGGAGUUCAGUGGAGAGGUCAGUGGUCAUGAGUAUUCAGCUAUGGGCACCUCAAUCACUCCUAGUAACAUUUUAAGUGCCAAAAAUACAGAUGAUCUACCAGUAACAGAUGAGGAAUUUCAUAGCACCACAAAUGUGUUUGAUGUCACUGAUCAGUCCCCAGCGGAAACCACACCUUCCACCAUUUCAGCAUUCAUUACUUCUCCUUCAGUCUCGUUACAACCACCAGAAGCUAUGAAGGAUCCCACUGCCACUGAGGUGCUACAGGGAUGUGCUGAGGGGUGGAUGGAGUUCAUGGGCAGCUGCUACAUCCACUUUGAUGAGCGUUUAACCUGGGCUGAUGCUGAGCAGCGCUGUCAGGAGCUAAAUGCUAAUCUGGUUAGCAUAUUUUCUCAGCAAGAACAAGACUUUGUCAGAACUCAGGCUCAAAACUACCAAUGGAUCGGACUCAGUGACAAAGACGUGGAAAAUGAGUUUCGUUGGACAGACGGAAGCAAUUUGGAAUAUAGAAACUGGAGACCCAACCAGCCAGAUAAUUAUUUCAGCACAGGGGAAGACUGUGUUGUAAUGAUAUGGCAUGAAGAUGGCAAGUGGAAUGACGUGCCUUGCAACUACCAUCUUCCCUUUACUUGCAAGAGAGGACCUGUCACAUGUUCAUCACCUCCUGAAGUGAAGAAUGCCAAGAUGUUAGGCAACCGCAAAGAACGCUACCCUGUUCAUUCGAUCAUACGCUACCAGUGUGAUAGUGGAUUCACACAGCGCCACCUUUCUGUGGUGCGGUGCAUGACAGAUGGUCAGUGGGAGGAGCCUCAAGUCCAAUGCAUAGGUGAAACAAACAACAGGCUACGCAAAAGAUCCCUCAAGACACAUCCCAAAGCAGUCAACAGUCGAAGAAAGAUCCUCUAAACAAGAGAAAAGGCAAAUACUUCAAAAUAGUAUAAUCUGUACAGAAGCCUUACUUACCUUAAGGUAAUGUUGAAAGGGACCAACCUCAUGUAAUGACAAACAUUUCUGAAUUCCGGAAACCAAGAUUUGGGUUCAUUUAAAUGAAAUGUAUACUUCCCUAUCUUUAAUUUGCAAUUGCUGGAUACAAACAAAUCUAUUACAGACUGAAUUAAAAAAAUCAAAUGCCCCUUGAGUUUUAGUUGUAGAAACGAUUGUUACUUAAGCACAAUAAAAUAAAAGCACAAUAAGGGCAUUAAAGGGACCCCAUUGACUUCCAUAGUAUUCUUUUUUCCUAUUAUGGAAGUCAAUGGGGUCUCUGAUCAGUCUUGUUACAACAAGAGAGUGAGUAAAUAAUGACAGAAUUUUACUUUUUUCUUUUUUCCAUCACUUCAAGUAUUUGUAAGAUUUUCUUUCAAGACACAAGGUGGCACUAUUGUCAACAUUUUUCCAUCCCAAUCCUACAACACUACACUGUAAUUUUAAAAUCCUUGUAAUGAGAAAUAUCAUUAUAAGGAUUUUAGGUAUGUAGAAAUUAAAAUGGUUACUAAAAUCUUGAAACUAUAGAUUCCCUUGUACCUUACCAUACUAUUUUAAAAUUUGGUUUAUCAAUUUGCAUGUGUCAGACAGCCAUAAACAGAAGGAACUAUAAGAAAUGAUUAUACCUCCAUUAUGGUUGUUGGCAAUAUUAGCUCAAAAAAUGCUUAAAUAAAAAAAACUAGUAUGCUGGGGCACCUUUUGCAUACUAUUUCAAAACUCUACAAAUUGGAAAUGAAUCAAAUCUAAUAUAAUGCUACUCUACAGUAUUUACAAUAAAUAAGAUCAUUCCAUUUGAGCACAAUGUUAAUUUUAAUAGAUAUACUGUAUAGGCUAAUAGAUAAAAAGGGAAUCCCCCUGGACCAUAAAAGGUCACUAAACUUGAAAAUCAGACAAAAGGCUUUAAUAUCUACAGCUGGAUACAAUUAAAGCGCAUUAGUAUUUUAAAUUAUAUAACUGAGAUGUGUCUUUUUAUUUGUUUUGUUGUUUGUCGUAGUUUACAUGUCUAGUUUGACCACAGAGAUUAAGAUGUCUCUGUGAAACUGUGAAAAAUUAAAUCUCCCAGUCCUGUCUCAGCAUGCAUAAUAUAGACAAAGGUUUACUAAAACUGAAAGAAUAAAAUAAAAUUGUGAGAUCAUUCUGUCACUGGAAAACAACGAUUGCUUACGUUCAGUAUGAUUUAGUAGCAGUUAUAUCUUGUGCAAUGCAUUUUCUUUUCCUUUAUGUAUUAAUUCACUGGUGUUUUCAACUCAACUCAAGUCUCAGAACCAGACUUCUAGAAGUUAAUAAAUAAAUUAUAGCAAUAUUAGAAAUGAGGGUGAUGAUUGUGUACGAUGCUGGAGGAAAUGUCAUGGGACUGUAGCUUCUACAGAAUAUCAUUUUAUGAUAAGCAGGCUCCUGUACUUUUCCAUUUUGACAGACAUUGUUUUAUUUUGUAUAGUAACAUUGAUAAGCAUCCAUAUUACAAUGACAGGAACAUGAGAAAACAUUUUACAUUUGCCUCUGUUUUGCUCGAUUUAAAUGUUUGCCUUUGAAUCCCUCAAAUAAACCGACUAAAUGUGUGUCAAUAAAAAUUAUUACCUCCUAA